CUUAUCUUUGGGCUGGUUCAUUUUCUUUUCUGCAGACUUUUACUAACUUGCUCCUCCACUUCCUGUUCCUCCUCUUCCUGAUCCUCCUCUUCCUUACUAGCCUUUCAGUCCACGAGCUUCUCAGGUUGGGAGCUGCCGGUCAAAAAAGACAUGGAUUUGGGAAGCUCUGGAGGAAGUCCCUGGGGCUAGCAAUUUGAGUACCUGCCUGACUAACUGUCUCUGGACACUAGAAUGGAAGCCAUGUUUUCCAGGAGAACCAUUCAACUCUUUACCAUCUUGUGCUUCAUCCUUCUUCGCCAUCUCAACUCAGGGCCUGAUCACUUUUAAGUCCAUGGGGCCGUUAAGAAAUAUCAACCAAGUGUCUCUUUUAUAAUCUGCAAGCCGUUUUUCUACAAGAAGGAGUAACACGUUUCCUUGACUCAGGUGAUACAUUUAGAAAAGAAAUCAUGAUUUUUUUUCUCUUUUGCUGUAACAGGCAGACAUUGCAUUUUUCAUUGUGAUCAGGAAAGAUGGAAUGACUGCUGCCCCUCUCUGGCAGCUAUCAACAGUUUUUCACGCAUUAUCUCAAUACUUGAAUAGUCUGGCAACUUGAGAUAGUUCACACAAGUCAUUACUGAGGGCAAGAAGUCAUCUGGAUUUUCUGUUGACUCAAAGGUCUUGCGGACAAUUGUCAAAGGAGGAUUCAAACUUCGGAAGCCUCCUACAGGCAAUCUUGGGCUACCAGUCACAAACUGAAGAAAUAAUCUCUGCUGCUCAUUAUCAAAACCACUGAGAAUCUCAAACAGUACCUCACCUGACUAACUGGCUCUGGACACUAGAAUGGAGGCCAUGUUUUCCAGGAGAACCAUUCAACUCUUUACCAUCUUGUGCUUCAUCCUUCUUCGCCAUCUCAACUCAGUAACAUUCAAAGUGAAUGGUCCUGCUCAGCACAUCCUGACCUUGGAGGGGAAAGAUGUCCUGCUCUCUUGUCACAUUUCACCAAAGAUUGAUAUUCAGAACAUGACGAUUAAAUGGUUCCAAGACCAGACCCUCGUCCACAGGUACCACAUCUGGAAGAAGGUAGAAGAAACCCAAGGUCCUGAGUUUCAAGGCAGGACGGAGCUGAUGAAAAAUGACAUGGCUGAAGGGAAAGCAACCUUGAAAAUCUACAAAGUUCGAUGCUCUGAUUCUGGGAACUAUACUUGCCAUUUCCGGUCACCUGACUAUUAUGAUGAAGCCCACUUUAGGCUGCAGGUAUCAGAGACUCCUACUCCAUCUUGGAAGAUUUGGGAUUUUCUGAAGAUAGUUCUGUGCAUAGCCGUUUGGUUUAUUGUGCCACCUGGUCUUGUCUUUAUCGUCUGGGCUUUUAUUGUCUGCAAAAAACCCAGAGAUAUUGUAUUAAUCGGUUUAAACGAAGUGGAGAAAUGGAACACCGGAAAAGAGAUGAUUGAUGUUUGAAGAAGUGGAAUGCACAGAGGAAUGCUGGGGAGAUUUCAACUGACACAGGGUGAAGUUGAUUCCUGAGCCCUGAAAGAGCGAAGGAGGAUGCUGAGCUUUAAUUGGGAAAUCUCAUCUCACUGAAUAGCCAGGAGUGUCCAAAAGAGACUGCAGUGCCUUUGGUGUAAAUCAAUCAUCUUAAAGUUCAUCUUGUGAAACUUUUAUGGUUAGGCAGGACAUUUGAAAUAGGCCCAAGAAGGAGUUAUCCUAGGAGUUUUUAUUUGCACAGGAACAGCUGAUUUAAGUAAGCCUACAUCAGUAGAAAAUGUGGCCCAAAGAGACUCCAGUAUAUCUGUAGGUAUUUCAAAGGUGGGAGGCUCUUUUGCCUCCUGGCUCUCUGAGAGAAGUACAUAGAGUAAAUUUAAGGAUUCCUCAGGCACUUCUAAGGAGAGAGAGCCAUCUGGGGCGCACAUUAUUGUGGCUUGUAAUUUGCAUAGUAAAUCUCUCCCCAGCAAAUUUGUGGGGGAUCCAAGCAUUAAAAGAAAAGAAUGUUCAACAGUUAGGGGUCCCACACAUACCAUGCAAGGAGAAAGUUUUGGGACCUUUAAUGGUUUUCCUGAUACACUUACUACAUUUAGUGAGCCAAUAGAAUCACACUUUCCAUCUGGUUUGCUUACCAAAACUGACCUAGAUGCUCCAGUGUCCAAAAGACAGCCGUAGUAUGAAUUUCCCACCUUUAAAGGGACAUGAGGUUCCUUACUAUUUGGGGGGGGAUGUAUAGGGAUUAUUGGCAUUAAAAUAUCAGGGUCUGGAAAAUGAAAGGUUUCAUUCUUUGAUUCCAAGGCCCUCACCCCCCCCCCCACAGCUUUAUAAAGAUGCUUGGGCAGUUUUUUGGGACCCUCCACACUGUUGGGUGUGUUCACCCUGAAUGUAACGUGGUCAAGCUCCAUUUCUUAUAUAUUGUUGUUGGGCAUUGUGUUGGGAAUAAUCAUUUUCUGCAUUUUGAGCGCUAUCAUUAUUUUGAUUGGCAUUGUGGCUCCUUUAGUUAUUAUUCCUAAAGUUGUUAUUUCCAUGUUUCUGUAGUCAGCUUCUACAGCCUAUCAUUGCAUGGCCUCUCUUCCCACAGAAAGAGCAUAUUAAGGAGUAUGUUAAUGAUUUAUCUGUGGAUUCCUGCAAAGAGGCCAUGGUCUCCCCCUUAUUUUUCAAGUGUUCCUGUAUCCUUUCAAUUUCUUUCAUUAAAUCAUUCACUGACUUAU